AUGCUACCGUCAACAAGCUCGGCUGAUUUGCUGCCAUCAACAAGCUCUGAUGAUGUAAUAGGAUUGACUACAGAAGCUGUUAAAAAAUCUGACGCUUCGAAAGAAGAUGAAUAUGUUCCUGUUCCCCCAGCUCCAAAACGUCAAAAGUCUAUUAUAUCAAGUUUUGAAGUAAUUUAUGCUUAUUCGGCGAAUGGUGAUAAAACUUUAAGGAUAAAUAAUGCCAUAAUUUACAUGAUAUGUAAAGACAACCAACCAUUUACAAUUGUUGAAAAUGAAGGCUUUCGCAAUUUGAUCAAAGUUAUUGCGCCGCUUUAUAAACUUCCCAAUAAGACGACGUUAACUCGAUGGGUUGAUGAUAAAUACGCAGCAUUAUCUACAGUCUUCAAAAAAAAGUUGUCAACUAUUGAAAACCUUGCUCUUACGACUGACAUGUGGUCUGAAACAAUGAGCAUGAGAAGUUCUUUUAGGAAUAACAGCAACUUCAGUGUCGGUAAUGAUCUAUUUUCAAUUACUCUUAGCGUGUACCAGUCAAAUGAACGUCAUACUUCAGAACACAUCACUCAAAUGCUGCUAGACACUUGUACUGAAUGGGGUAUUGACAAAAAUAAAGUUUCGGCUGUAGUGACAGACAACGCAGCUAACAUGGUAAAUGCCGUCGAUAUAGCUUUUGGAAAAAAACACAUACUAUGUUUCGCACACACUUUGAAUUUGGUAGUACAAAAUUCAAUGCAGCAGUGUACAGAGCUGCGAAACUUGAUAAAUAAAGUCAAAGAUAUUGUCACAUGGUUCAAACAAAGUAACAUAGCCAGUAACGAAUUACGUAAAGCAACCCAGAAAGAAACUAAAUUGAUUAAAGAGGUCCCGACCAGAUGGAAUAGUAUAUACUAUAUGAUCGAGAGACUUUUGGAACUUCGCACUGUCAUUAAUACCAUAAUCAUUCGUCAUAAAAAUGCACCACCUAUGCUUACUGCAUCCGAGCUAUCAAUUCUUUCUUCGGUUUUACAACUUCUGCGACCGAUUGAAGCUGGAACCAAGGAAGUGUCAGGUGAUAAAUACAGCAGUAGCAGCAAGGUUAUCCACUGUCUUCUUUUGGAAGUCAAACCUUUUAAACUCGAAGAUCCUCUUCCCAAAGAAUUACAAUCACUGGUCCUUAAAGAGAUCGACAGGAGAAUGGGUGUUAUAGAGAGAGUGCAUCCCCUCGCUAUAGCGACGAUAUUGGAUCCGAGGUUCAAGAAAAUGCAUUUUACGGAUCCACUAGCUUGUUCUGCGGCUGUGGAAUCUGAUUCUUCAGAUCAUUCUGACAAGCCAGAAGAUAACUGCUCCUUCUGGGAUGAUCACCAUAAAUUAGUCCACAAGAGCUCGAAAAUGGCGAAGUCUGGCGAUGAUAUUUCUGAUGAGCUGUCAAUAUACCUACUUGCGUAG